AUGCACAAUGAUUGCUCCCCACCAAUUGUCCACCGAGACAUAUCAAGCAAAAGUGUAUUGUUGGACUUGGAAUAUGAAGCUCAUGUUUUGGACUUCGAAACUGCAAAAUUUAUCAAGCAAGACUCGUCCAAUUGGUCUGAACUUGUAGGGACAUAUGGAUAUGUAGCACCGGAGCUUGCUUACACAAUGACUAUUACAGAAAAAUGUGACGUCUAUAGCUUUGGAGUGUUAGUGCUGGAAAUAAUUAGAGGGAAUCAUCCGGGAGAUUUUUUAUCCUUAUUUCCAUCAUUGUCUUCCAAUGUGAAUUUAGUUCUCACUGAUAUGUUAGAUCCAAGACUUGCAACUCCCUCACAUGAUGUCCAGGACAAACUCAUAUCAAUGAUGGAGGUUGGUUUUUCUUGCUUAGAAGCCAAUCCGGAAUCUAGACCAACCAUGCAGAUUGUUUGUCAAUGA